AUGCAGGACCUUUCAGUCUCUGGGAUCCCUACCGGGCCCUCUCAGGGCUCUGGUGGCCGCUUUGGUCAUUCUUCCAAGCCUUCCAACAGCGAUACUGGUUUCUCUCACGGUGCCUUUACUUCCAACAUUUCUGGAUUCGCCGAUAGACACCCUCGCCGCGGUAACAUUCCCUCGAUUAAUACUCAGUCGAUGAACCAGCAGCCUCCUGCUCCGACCAAUGCUCAGGAUAUGACCACUCCUGGCACUGGUUUUGAUAUGCAGUUCACCCCUCUGCUUCCUUCUCAAUUGCUCCUUGGUAGCCCGUUCCAGCCUGGUACUCCUGCUUUUGCCAACAACCAGUUCCAGAACCUGAAUGGGUACCAGCAAGGUCAGCACGGCGGUCAGCACCAGAACAAUGGCAUGGGCAGCCCAGUCCAGCAGCCCAUGUCUCCCCAGCAGUACCAGGCCAUUGUCUCUCCUUCGACCUACGGCGCACCCCAGUUCUUUGCCCCUCAGUCUCCUACCGGUGCCUUUAGCAACAUGGGCGGGCAGAUGCAGAUGCAGCCUACCUCGCCUGUCCAGAUGAGCCCUACUGCCAUGGUCACUGGAACUAGCAGAACCGUUUACCUUGGUAACAUUCCGCCUGACACGUCUGCUGAGGAGAUCCUGGGCCACGUUCGUAGCGGGCAGAUUGAGUCCGUCCGCCUUCUCCCCGACAAGAACUGCGCUUUCAUCUCUUUCCUCGACGCCAAUGCUGCUACUCACUUUCACUCUGAUGCCAUCUUGAAAAAGCUCUGCAUCAAGGGCCAGGAUAUCAAGAUUGGCUGGGGCAAGCCCUCUCAGGUCCCGACCUCGGUUGCCCUUGCUGUCCAGCAGUCUGGCGCCUCUCGCAAUGUCUAUCUCGGUAACCUUCCCGAAGAGAUCACCGACGAGGAGCUGCGCGAGGACCUAGGAAAGUUUGGAGCCAUUGACACGAUCAAGAUUGUCCGGGAAAAGAACAUUGCCUUUAUCCACUUCUUGUCUGUUGCUAAUGCCAUGAAGGCAGUUCAGCAGCUGCCUCAGGAGCCCAAGUGGCAGUCUCCCCGCCGAGUAUACUAUGGCAAGGAUCGGUGCGCCUAUGUCUCCAAGACGCAACAGCAGAAUGCUGCGCAAUACCUGGGCAUCAAUCCCGGUUAUGCUCACAUGCUUACUGGUGCAGACCGCGAGGUCAUCUCCAGCGCCCUUGCUCAGCAGUCUGUUGCUGCGGCGGCUGUUGCUACCACGGCCGGCGGCAUCAACAACCUCGGCAACCGAACCAUCUACCUUGGCAAUAUUCACCCAGAGACCACCAUUGAGGAGAUUUGCAAUGUUGUUCGCGGUGGUCUGCUGCACCACAUCCGUUACAUCCCCGACAAGCACAUUUGCUUCGUUACCUUUAUCGAUCCGACUGCGGCCGCUUCGUUCUAUGCUCUGAGUAACCUUCAAGGUCUCAUGAUUCACAACCGCCGCCUGAAGAUUGGUUGGGGAAAGCACUCUGGCCCGUUGCCUCCUGCUAUUGCUCUGGCCGUCAGUGGUGGUGCUUCGCGAAACGUCUAUAUUGGCAACCUCGAUGAUACUUGGACAGAGGAGCGCCUGAGACAAGAUUUCUCCGAGUUUGGUGAGAUUGAACUGGUCAACACUCUGCGCGAAAAGAGCUGCGCCUUUGUCAACUUUACCAACAUUGCCAACGCCAUCAAGGCUAUUGAGGCCAUCCGAAGCAAGGAGGAGUACAGAAAGUUCAAGGUCAACUUUGGCAAGGACCGUUGUGGCAACCAGCCCCGACAGCUUCAGCAGAACCAGAGCCAGUCCCCUCGUGACGGUGCUUCCCCGCCGCCCAACGGUGGCUCUAACGGAGUCUCCCCCACCGGCGCCACUUCGCCUCAGUCCGCUGGCAGUGGUUCAAACAUGUUUGGCCAAGGAAACAACCCGUUGACCAUGUACCUGAGCCAAGUUUCUCAGCAAGCUCAACAGCAACAACACCAGCAGCACAACAUUUUGAGCUCCCAGCAGGCUGCUCUUUUCGGUACUGCUGCCUCGUCGCCAAAUGAGCUUUCUUUGGACAUUCCUCAGCAAAGCCACUUGGGCCACGGCCAAUCGGCAAGCAUCUCCAACGGCUAUGCUGGGUCCAAUGGCACCCCUACCGCAACCACUAUUGGUGGCCUGCUGGCUCCAGGACCCCGUGGAUCUCACAACCGUGCUGUGAGUCUGCCCGUCUUCAACCCUGGCUUUGACAACGGCGGCAACAGCCCUGUCAGCGCCAUUGGACACCCCGAAGGCGAGCGCAGAGGUCACCAAUACCAGUCGAGUUUCGGCGGUAUGGGCUCCGGCUUUGGCCUGGCCAUUCAAGGUGGCCUGAACGGCUGGGUCGAGGAGGAGGUUGCCAACUAG